AUUCCUUUCUGCGAAGCGCUGGUCUCCCUUUCCAAGGGCUAGUGUACUGCUUGUCACAACAGUACCGACCCCCGCCGCCCCACUACCAGUUUGGUAGAAACAGCAGUGAUUGGGUUCGCCCUGCUGAUCAACUUGAGGACAGAUUUGGGAAAAAACAUGUCUCGGAGUAACAGAAAUAAUCGUGCCUGGCGAUAUGUUUACAGUGGCAUUCGAGAAACAGAUGCUAUGGCUGUAGUAUUGCCUGAUGGUUCUGCAGGUGCUGUCUAUGACUCAGAUGGUCAGCACAGUGACUCUGAUUCUGAGCCAGAAUUCCAUUUACCACCAUCAAUACCAACUGCGUUACCUGUGACAGGAGAAUCGUAUUGUGACUGUGUAAACCAAAAUGAUACUCGAUACUGUGGUAGUAUGCGUAGUUUUCAUCGUAUGAAGGACUGCCACUGUGGAGAGGAAGAUGAAUAUUUCGAAUGGAUGUGGGAUGAUUCAACCAAAUCUUCUGCUACACUGCUAAGCUGUGAGAACAGAGAGGUGAAUUUCCAUAUGGACUAUAGUUGUGGAACAGCAGCGGUUCGUGGCGACAAAGAAAUGAGCGAGGGACAACACUUCUGGGAAAUAAAAAUGACCUCUCCGGUAUACGGUACAGACAUGAUGGUAGGAAUAGGAACAACUGAUGUCAAACUGGACAAAUUUCGUCACACCUUUUGCAGUUUACUGGGAAAGGAUGAAAAUAGUUGGGGUCUCUCCUACACAGGUGUACUCCAUCACAAAGGUGCCAAGAGUCACUUCUCAACAAGAUUUGGGCAGGGCUCCAUCAUAGGUGUUCAUCUGGAUACAUGGCAUGGUGUCUUGACAUUCUUCAAAAACAGGAAAUGCAUAGGAGUUGCAGCUACCAAACUGCAAAACAAGAAGUUUUUUCCAAUGGUUUGUUCCACUGCAGCAAGAAGCAGUAUGAAAGUGAUUCGCUCGUGUUUCUCCCCAACCUCUCUCCAGUAUCUUUGCUGUCUGCGGCUUCAGCAAUUAUUGCCUGAUCACAUUGACAAAUUGGAGGUUCUUCCACUACCCCCGGGUCUGAAGCGUGUGCUACGUAAUCGAUUGGGUUGGGUCCUCACUAUGAGUCAAGAAGGUAGCAGCAGUGAGGCUGCUUGCAGCUCAUCAGGCAGUGAUUCUGACAGUUCCUCCACAGUAGAUUCUGAAACUUGUCAACGGAAAAGAUGUCGAUGGACUUAACACUUCUGGUUUGAUUUCCUUUAAAUCGUGACUCUUGCAACUAAUGGCAGUUAAAAAUUUAUUUAGUAUGGACGUGGAGCAUUGCUGCUGUACAAUGAGGAGUGCAAGAUGACUGAUGCUCUCUACUUCAUUUUGAGUGGUUCCUGCUCCUUGCAGCGAUUUUACAAGAACUGUUAUCUGUGAGCACAGAUUGGCAGAAGUACAAAUAGGGGUUUGAGAUGGUGUUAUUCUCAAUAAAGUGACCUGUGUUCUAAGGGUGUUUUCCUCAAUCUACACAGUUUUUGUAGGUUAUUUAGCACUUUCACCUAAUAUAUUAAAUAAUCAGCUUGUCUAAAAUGUUUAGCAUGCAUAUCUUAUUUCUCAAGAAAACUUCAGUAAACUCUACCUCAUUGGUUGAGUCUUUCUCCAAGUAAACCAGGGAAAUCAUUUGAGUUUUUCCUGAGCUUUAGUUCUUAGUUGGGAUAAAGCCAAGUCUGAUCAGUCAAUGUUGAGUUGGAGGGGGAAUAAUGUACUGACUCCUAUUCCCAAUAACUGUGAUACUGGAAAUGUGUAUGUGAACAUCUGAUUCCUAUUCCCAGUAACUGUUCGCUACUGGAGACGUGCAAGUGAACAUCUGAUGAGGUUCAGAUUAACUUUUGUCAGAAAAUUUUGACAAACAACAGCAGUUUGGGCUUGCACUUACAUUUUACUGAAGUAAUUAUUAAAACCUUCUGAAAUUAACCUCUUUCAGGAGAGGGAAGAAUCAGCUGGAAGAGUGGAUGCUGUUGUAAAAUUUAUGUUGGUAAGUGUGACUGAAGAAAAUAGUUGUCAAUCUCAACUUUAAAUUUGAUGUAAGCCUAAUUUCUGUGUUGUAAAAACAUAUUUAAAUAUUUCAGUUGCUGGUACACUGCAAUAGAAGUGUCUACUAUCCGAGCAAUCUAAAAUGAAUUGAGUAAAAAGCAUAUUAACGAUUUUCAUUGGACCUUUAACAGUUUUAAUCCCCAAAAUAGACUUUUCCUAUUGCAGGCAAUGGAGCACAUUUGCAAAGCUGCUUGAAAUCUCAUUCUGUUCAAUUUAUGUAUGGAAUGCUCAUCAACUGUAUGAUGUUUGAUAAUGGUAAUUGAUUACUAGUGUUACUAUAAUCAAGUAAUUAUUGCCAACCUCCAGCUCAAAGGAUGGUUGGUCUCACAUUCUGAAGUAUUACUUUGAAUCGGUCACAUUUGGCUUCAGUGGGUUAUUCCUCAAAUUGGUUCCAAGAAUUUUACUUUGCCUAGUAUGGAAGUUAGUGCACCUAUUUCAAAAUUGGCUGUAUUUAUGCCAAAUGAAAUGAGACCAUUAGUACAUAGCAGAAUGUAAACAAAUAUGAAUUUUUCCUGUUUUUAUUCCAAUAGUGCUUUCUGGGCAUACUAAGAAACAGUAUAUAAUAUUUCCCGACUAUUGACCGCCCAUUCUUCUGUAGAAGAUAGUUUGAGUGGAAAUUGCUUAUGUUUGUAAUGAUGGAAACUACCAGUAAGGUUUAAUUUGUGUGAAUGUCUGGAAACGUAAUUAAUGUGCAAUGCUAAUUCUAAUGUUCAGCGCUUCAAAUGGAAUAUUUGUGUAACUUGAAUUCUGGUUUUGGCAUUCUGGUUCCAGAUCUGUUGUAAAGUUUAAAUGCAAUUUUCACUCUUCUGUUGUGAUGUAGUCACCAUUGUAUACUUUUUGCCCCUUUUGGAUUUGUACUUUUACAACUUCUAACAUUUUCAAAAAAAAAACAACCAGCAACUUAAUAGGGGAAAAACAUGAUGUCUUUGACAAAUAUAAAGUGCUGCAAAGAUGGAAAAUGUCUGGAUGCAAAAAAAAUCCAAAGGUAGGAAUUUUGAGGUUUUUUGUGUAAAAAGUGAAACUUCUUUCCUUAGAGCUGUGCCAUAUUUGUUCAGAAAGAAAUUGAAAAUAUCUUCUAUAUUCAGCUUUAUAACCUCCCUAUGCCUCCUACAGGUUAGCAAACAUAUUGUCUUUGCUUUAGAGUAAUAGUCCGAUUAAUGUUUAAAAUUGAGAUCUUAAAAGAAACAAAUACUGCUGAAUUUCUAUUUAAAAUUUCAGGCCAUAAAAGCUGUGAAGUUCUCCUUGCAUAGCAGCGUGCAAAUAUGGCAUCAUGUGCCAUUUCAAACCUUGUUUUAUAUUUGAUCCCUUUAUAAUAUUUCAAUUGAUGCAACACAUUGCACACCACAAGUUACUAUUUAUUUAAUCACAUCUAUUAAUACAAAGAUAUUACAUUUUGUCAAACUCACAAAUCUAGUCUCACUUUUCAGGGUUACAAUAAACAAUCUACAAACUUGGCUCUCAGUACAGGGAAAAAAAACCAUUUUGUGCUCUUGGGUUUUAGGUGUAGCAUUCUGUGUGAGGCGUUGGACUCUUGUGCUCUUCAAGCUUGUUUGUAAUGUUUGUAUCAUUUCUGUUUGCAAGUACUGUUGUAUGACACUCAAUUUUUCCUUGUGCUUAAUCUAAAAAUUUGUACUUUAACUUGCAGUCUGGUGUGUAAUACUAUAUCACAGCUGAAUAUUUAAUAUGAAAUCUUAAUCAAAAUUAGAAUAGCAAUGCUAUAUUUUUUCCAAGCCUGAAAGAAAAUAUAUUUUAUUCUCCUGGAUUUAUUAGUUAACAAUCAUCUUUGAACUUCCAUUAACUUUUCCUGGUGUUAAUAUCAAGCCAAAUAUUUUAAGCAUAAGAUUUCUAAAAUUUCUAUAAUCCCCUUUUUUUCAAUAGGGAUAGUUCUUGUCCAUCUCUCUAGCUAGAGUACAUUAUGCCAUAACUAUUCUAAACAGGAUUGCAUCAACUCAUAACACAUACACAAUUGUUAUGCAUACAAAUACUACUAAUCAAGUGCUAAGUAAAGUAACCAUACAUUUCGUAAUAGUAUCACAGUACAGUAUUGCAAAUAUGUCAAUAAAUGGAUAUGUAUUAUAAACACCAGUCAGAAUUUCCUAUAAUCGUGGCAAAUCGUAUUUUAUGUACCACCUCUUGCUGUAUGGUAGGUAUGUGAUAGUUCUACCAUUAGACAAUUAAUGUAUAUUUUGAACGUUGUUUAAGUAACUCAGUUAAUUAUUGUAUGGAGACACAGAAUUCCAGAGGCUGUCUGCCACAUUAAAGAAAUUUGGGAAACUUGAUCAUU